CCUGCCGCUCUAGCUACACUCGCGGUCGCUGCUUUUAAUGGCCUGGGGGAGUCCCGAGUCGGACGUGCUACCGGUCUCAGACUCCACCCCCACCGUUCUGCGAGCGCUUCUGUGACCCAGGGAACCCGCGGACAUUCGGCUCGAGGGUAGCGCCUACUGGGGCUCAUUCCAAGAGGUGAAGUAGAGCAGGGCGCUUUGUCCCGGGGCGAGUCCGAAGACGCUGACCCUGGGACCCUCACUGGGUCGUCCUUGUCCCACCGACUCUUCUCUGCUUUCCUGUAUCCUCCCCGCGCCUUUUUUUCUAUCUUGCUCGGACUCUUCUUCUCACUUCGGCUCCCGCCCCUCUUGGGAGCUUCCUCUUCCAUCAGCUCCUCCCCGCCUCUCCGGGGACCUGUCCCCCUUCUUGCCCCUCCUCCACCCCCCGAGGCCGGGCUGGACGCGACCCAGAGCCGCCACUGCCCGCUUCUGCCACUCAAUGGAGGACGGUCUGCUGGAGAUCAUGACCAAGGACGGCGGCGACAUGCCGGCGCCUCUUGAGGUGUCCACCGUGCCCGCCGUGGGGGACGUGAUCUCCGGGGAGUACAACGGAGGCAUGAAGGAGCUGAUGGAGCACCUGAAGGCCCAGCUGCAGGCCCUGUUUGAGGACGUGAGGGCCAUGCGAGGGGCUCUGGACGAGCAGGCCUCGCACAUCCAGGUGCUCUCGGACGACGUGUGCGCCAACCAGCGGGCCAUCGUCUCCAUGUGCCAGAUUAUGACCACCGCGCCCCGCCAGGGUGGCUUGGGCGUGGUCGGCGGCAAAGGGAGCUUCCAGGGUGUCCCCCAAGAGCCGGAGACCCCUUCGCCUGGGAUCGGGGACAACAGCUUGCUGGGUCAAGAUCCCGAGGACGAGGAGGACGAGGACGAAGAGGAGGAGAAAGGGAUGCCUAGCCCCGCCACACCCACCAGUCACUGUGAGCGCUCGGAGAGCCCCCGAGCAGGUCUCCUUGGGGGGGACGGGCCACUUGUGGAGCCCCUCGACCUGCCUGACAUUACCCUGCUGCAAUUGGAGGGCGAGGCCUCCCUGUGAGGGAACUCUGAGGGGGCACUAACUUCCCGGGCUGGCUUUGGGUUUCCCAGUGCAUGACGCGAGGGGACUGAACAGCGCGGUGCAGCAUGCUUCACUCGGACAGCUGCUCUUGUGGGUCAGGUAGAGAGAGACUCCCUCAAGGAACGAUUCGUAGGGUGAAUGACUUUGGGAGCAUCAAGAGUUCUUUUUGCCCAUCCAAGCGUUUAGCAAACUGCGGAAAGGUGAGGUCCCAGGAGAGGAAGUGCCCGACUCUGGACUCUCAUCCAUCCCUUUCCCUGACCAUUCUCCCUCCCCAGGCAACAGGAGAACCCCUGAAUUAUGUAAAUAAAAUUCUGCUUUUUCUAUUGUGAAAAAGGACUUAUCUAGGACUAUGGCAAAUAAUCUCUAAUGUUUUACCUAGAAAUUAAGGAAUUGGGGCAUUCUGUUCUGGCAACAGGAAAUUUACCCUUCUCCUGAAAUCCAAGAUAUUCAGUGUUCUGCAGAAGCCUCUCCCCCUCACAGAUCCCUGCAGCUGCUGAUUGGUAAAGGAAGCUUGAGGAGGGAACUGCAGCCCUAGGAAUCUGGGUGAAUGGGGUUCCAAGGGCCCCUGGGCUGGGAGGAGCUGGCUAUGAAUGUGCAUGAAGACAUAAUAGCUCAACCUCUAGAAUUUUGCAUGCAGAGCAGACCCUGCCUUGCCACUCAACUGACUUCAUCUGGGAUUGCUUUUCCACACACUGGGGCUUAGAAAACAAAGAGCCCAGUUCACAGGCAGAGACUCGGGGUGCUCAGCAACAGCCCAAAUUUAGGGGACAUUUGAGGGACUCUUGGGGGCUGCAGCCAAAAACUGUCUCUACUGGCUACACCUGUUUCACUUCAGUUCCUUUUUCUGUCAAUAUGUCCCUGCCCGUUGCCUCUCGGUGUUGCCUCCAUUACGUCUUGUGUGUGUUAUGCGUGUCCACUUGUGUAGUAGUGUGUGAGCCCUGAGGGGCAGGGCUUUGGCUCUGGUGUUAGGUUCAGUGGGCUUCAGAACCUUCUGUGAGCCCUAAGCUGUCAUGGCACUUCCCCCCACCCAGUCCCCGCGUCCCUUACCCAACCAGGGCAUGGAGCAUGUGGCUGUCCUGAGGUUCCUUAAUUGAUGUGCCUCCCUCCUACCUUCUGAAGUGGUGACUUUGUGUGCCCUUCCCCUCCUUUAUGUAUUCCUUCUCAAUGCUUUCCUUGGUGUUAAUCUUAAUAAAAAGGCUUCA